UGCGAAGUGUCAUUUCAUAACCUCACAUUUUGCUAGGAGUCCAUUGUUUAGCUUUUUCCCCCCUAUUUGGUGUGAAUUUCCACAAAAAAUGGGUAAUUUGCAGGUGUUUGCAGCAUGGAGGAGUGGACAGUGUGUCGCCUCUGCUUGGAGUCCUCAGAACACGCCCUCAAGUCCUUCCCGGACGAGAUGUUCGAGUCGAUCCCCUUCUACAACAUCUACUUCGAGAUCGUGGGCAUCACACUAGUGGACUAUGACACAUUCCCCAACAAAAUAUGCCUGGCGUGCGAGGAUGAGCUGAUCCGGGCGUACAAGUUUCGGCAGAAGUGUCUGGAGACGGAGGAGAAGCUGAGGGAGCUGCCGGAGAGGGGCUUGCGUGAUGAGAAGAUAGAGUUUGUGACGCCUGUUGAGCAGGCGUCGGGCUCUAUUGAGUAUCUGGAGGAUGCCAGGGGUCCGGAGAGUUCGUUCAUGAGCAAAUUCAUACAUGUGAAGCGGGAACGGGGAUCUGACGCCUUCCCUGCCGCCCAGAACAGCGCUCAGGCGGCGCGGAAAGACGAUGCCGGCGAGAAGAUCAGGUGCAAGCAGUGCAGGAUCAUCUUCGUGGGCCUCGUGGCGUUUUACGAGCACAAGUGCUACGACAUCGCCAAGGUUGAGACGCCGGCUGUUGGGCGGGCGGCGGAGGGCGAGGAGGCGCCCAAAGCGGAACAGCGACGCCUGUUCAAGUGCAAUGAGUGCGGGCAGACGUUCAAGAUGCGCUCCAGCAUCCUGAGUCACAUCGAGAAGCACAACAAGUCGAAGAAGUAUCAGUGCCAGUACUGCAAGAGGCGCUUCUAUAAGGCGUCCAUCCGGAAGGCGCACAUCUACCGGUUCCACCUGAAGCGCACGCUCGAGUUCAAGUGCCCGCAGUGCCCCAAUGAGUACAGCAAGAGCAGCCAGCUGAAGGCGCACAUCAAGGAGGCGCACAAGGAGGACACGACGUUCCAGUGUGAUCGGUGCGGAAAGAACUUCAAGAGCUGCUCCAUCCUCACCAGCCACAUGAAGAUCCACUCGGACAAGGUGUCGUGCGCGCAGUGCGGCAAGGAGCUGAAGAACCUGCGCACCCUCGAGCGCCACAUGGAGAUCCACUCUGGGCAGAAGAACUACAUUUGUCCGGUGUGUCAGCGCAGCUUCACGUGCAAUUUUUCUGUGAAGAAUCACGUGAGGAAGAUCCACCCGGACGAUGUGCACCUCCUGCCGCCGGACGGCACGGUGGUGAAUAGGCGAUACCUCGACCGCAUGGCGGCCAGUCACCGGAAGAGGGAGAUGAAGCCAGAGGAGGAGCCGCAGCAGAGCGAUCCGUGCACCAGCGAGGCCAUCAAUUCCAUCAUGCACAAUUAAGUGCGGCGCGGGCUUUUGUCUGAGCCACGCGAGUGGAAUCUCAUCCGGACGCCGCAAUGUCCCCCAGUUUUAGGUGGUUUUAUUUUAAAAAUAUAAUUUAAGCGAAAGAGAGAGAGAUCCCACAGAAAAGACUAAAGUAAUUGACGAUUUUUGUGGCAUUUUAGACUUUAGUUAAAAUAAACACUAAGACGCAUUUCUAGAGAUGAAA